AUGGAUGUCAGUAACCAUCGCUAUGCAUCGUCUCCGUUAAUUACAAAUUCUUAUCCGAUGGUAUCGACACCGAAAUUCACACUCGAUUCGAAUUCAUCGCUGAACUUAAGUCUUCUAACUGAUGAUCGAUCGACGGAAAAUGUCACUGAAUCAUUCGUGACGACGUGUUCAAGUUUACAAACGAUUUUAUCGCACAUGCAAUUGAAAUUAGCUACUGUGUUUCUUCAAGAAACGGAAUAUCUUCAAUCCCGUGAACAACACUUACAAUUUACGGAACAAUCGAUAGGAAAACGUGUUGAACAAAUCAAAUUUCUUCAAAAUCAACGUCAACAACUCGAACAUGACUUCGAUCGGAUUAAAAUUCGGUUGGAGAAUGCUGUUAUUCAAAUAACUAAUUUUCACAUUCACGGUGCCAAAACCUUGCAAGAGCUGUUUUCUGACUCUUCACAACUUGACUUGCAAAUAUCCGAACUUCUAUCCGAAUCACUUGCUUCUCUCAAUCGUUCUCGUUCACUAAUUCGAUCAACUACGAGUGAUUUAACCACAAAAUCUCACGAAAUUCAGUCUGAAUUAAUCAAAAGACAAACUCUUCUUCGUCAAACGCAAUCAUCGGUACUCUUCAUGCUUGAACAGAUCAAUACUUUGAAUCAACUCAAUACCGAACAUGUCGGAGACGUGACAAUUGCUUCAAUCGAUUUUGAGAAACGAUAUCAGCAACUUCUUGAUCAAUGUGAAACAACGCAGAUGAAUUGGGACAUAAAAAAGGAAUUUGAUGACGUACAAAGAUUGGAAAAAGAAAAAAAACAAUUGGAAAAGGAUUUACUCGAACAAACAAUUUUACUUGAGAAUAUUUCAACGAUUUUAGAUAAAACAAUUAUGAAAUAG